AUGGGUGACUGGAACCUGCUGGGCAGCAUCCUAGAAGAGGUCCACAUUCAUUCCACCAUCGUGGGCAAGAUCUGGCUUACCAUACUCUUCAUUUUCCGCAUGCUGAUCCUGGGAGCAGCUGCUGAGGAUGUAUGGGAUGAUGAGCAGUCUGAAUUUGUUUGCAACACUGACCAGCCAGGCUGCAAGGCAGUCUGUUAUGACCGUGCCUUCCCCAUCUCUCUCAUUCGCUUCUGGGUCCUGCAGGUGAUCUUUGUCUCUGCCCCCUCACUGGUCUACAUGGGCCAUGCCCUCUACUGCAUCCGAGCGCUGGAGAAGGAGCGCCACCGGAAACGAGCCCAGCUGAAGGAGGAGAUGGAUGAAGCUGAGCUGGGAUUGGAUGAACAAAAGCGCAUGGAGAGGGAGCUGAAGAGGCUGGAUGAGCAGAGGAGGGUCAAGAAGGCUCCUCUCAGGGGCUCCCUGUUGAGAACCUACAUCAUCCAUAUCCUUACACGCUCUUUGGUGGAGGUCUCCUUCAUCCUGGGCCAGUAUGUACUCUAUGGUAUCCAACUUGAGCCACUCUAUAAAUGUGAAAGGCUGCCUUGCCCCAACAGUGUAGACUGUUACAUCUCCAGGCCCACAGAGAAGACCAUUUUCAUGGUCUUCAUGAUUGCAAUCGCUGGUGUGUCACUUUUCCUCAACAUUCUGGAGAUAUCCCACCUGGGCAUCAGGAAAAUCAAACAGACACUCUAUGGAGAGAGGUACAUGGAAGAUGACAGUUUGAUUUACAAGUCCAAGGGGAAGGCGUCCUUACCGCACCUUUGUGUAAUGAGCAAUGUAUCACCUUACAAUGGGCCGUUGACUCAGACCUUCAAAGUGAUUCCAGAGGCAGACAUGAAGCCUCCUAAUUACAAUGCCGGGCUCAAAGCCAACCAGGAGGCCCUGAGACACAACAGCCUGGCUCAUCUGGGACACAGUCAGACCAGCUACAUUUGCCCCCAACCAAGGAUGCCACCCAAGUCUAGCCAGAACUGCUCAAUCCAAGCCCCCCAAACCCAUGAAGGUCCAGAGGUCCACACAACCAUGGUGGACCACCAUCCAGCUUGGGGUUCUGCUACGUCCAACGUAGAGGGAAGUGCACCAAGCCAUCAAAAAGAUACCCAUGAGGGAGAGCACCCUCACCCCAGCCAUUUGGAGGCUCUGCUGUCCAGUAGCACCUUAAGGCCCAGGGCUAUCAGAGACCUGCGCGAGGAUGAGCGUAGGGAGUCAAUGGGGAGUGAGGUCCUGCUCCCCAACCCCAGGAAGACCAGCUUCAUGAUCAGGCCACCAUCUGAGAGCUUGUCGUCAAUCAGUGGCUGCACAAGCCCUUCAUUACAUACCUCGGAGGAGUCGGAUGAACUGGGCUCCCUGCAGGGAGACAUGCCCAUGAUGCCGCCUCCUGGGGGGCGGAGAAUGUCAAUGAGUAUGUUUCUGGAUAUCUCUUCUAUCAUGAAGAAGUAA